AUGGCUAAGACAAGCAUGCCUCUUCAAUUCAUACUUUUACAAAUAUUUCUUGUUCGCCCAUCUUCUUCUGCUGCCAUGCAUGAACUUAUUCCAUUUGGUGCAGUCAACGGUGACAUUUUGGUUCCUCCAGGGGACGAUUCAAACAUCACUAACACCUUCCAGUCAGUAUUGCUAACCGAUGGCCGCUACUCGUUCGUUCGUUUUAACUACCAUAACAUCACGUGGACUUCAGCGACAACAAGUGGAGGCAACGCCAGUAACGGCCUUGGAGGAACUGAAGCAGCGUGUGGAUUCAAUUCUGGAUUUGACAACCAUUAUUACAACCAAACUAAUAAUGUUAGACAAAUAUCAACAAACCAGGAGUGUGGAUGUUCAGAACAGACGACAUCACAGUGUAUGAAUCCCCUUAUUCCAUUUGGUGCUGACAACGGUGAUAUUAUGGUGCCUCAAGGGGACGAUUCAGCAAAUUCAGGCAGGUAUGUGCCAAAACGCUUUCCUCUUGAUGAUAUUGGUAUGGUCGCUCCAUUCUGGACUGAUGUUGAUACAAGGGAGGGAGGUGCUAUAUGGUACAGACAAAACGCUACCAAGAAAUUAUUAGAAGAGGCAUCAACCGACAUAAGAAAAGCUUUCCCGGAAUUCCCGCGAUUCUCGGCAAUAUGGAUGUUUGUUGCUACUUGGGAGAAAGUACCAUUUUAUGGAAACAAAAAUAAGGCCAUCACUAACACCUUCCAGUCGGUAUUGUUAACCGAUGGCCACUACUCAUUCGUUCGUUUUAACUACCAUAACAUCACGUGGACUUCAGCGACAACAAGUGGAGGCAACGCCAGCAAUGGCCUUGGAGGAACUGAAGCAGGGUGCGGGUUCAACGCUGGAUUUCGUAACUAUUCCUACAAUGUAACUGAUAAUGGUUAUCGAAACAUUAGUGUACUUGAUCUUCCUUUCAAAACAAAUGUCAACAAACCAGGAGUGUGGAUGUUCAGGACAGACAUCAAAGUGGAUGAAUCCCGUAAUCUUCUUAUUCCAUUUGGUGCUGACAACGGUGAUAUUAUGGUGCCUCAAGGGGACGAUUCAACAAACUCGGGCAAAGUCGAUAUUUCGACAGCUUUUCGUUUCUUUGGCCGGAAGUUUACUUCUUUGUAUGUCAACAUAAAUGGAGUUAUCACAUUCAAAAACUCAUUUUCGAAUUAUGUGCCAAAACGGUUUCCAUUUGAUGAUACUGUUAUGAUCGCUCCAUUCUGGACUGAUGUUGAUACCAGGAAGGGAGGUGCUGUAUGGUACAGACAAAACACUUCCAAAAACGCCCUAAAAGUGGCAUCAACCGACGUGAGAAAGGCUUUCCCAGAAUUCCCACGAUUCUUGGCAAUAUGGAUGUUUGUUGCUACUUGGGAGAAAGUGACAUUUUAUGGAACCACAAAUGAGAACAUCACUAACACCUUCCAGUCAGUAUUGCUAACCGAUGGCCGCUACUCGUUCGUUCGUUUUAACUACCAUAACAUCACGUGGACUUCAGCGACAACAAAUGGAGGCAACGCCAAAAAUGGCCUUGGCGGAAAUGAAGCAGGGUGUGGACUCAACGCUGGAUUUGGUAACUAUUCCUACGAUGUAACGGAUAAUGUCUAUCGAAAAAUUAGCGUACUGGAUCUUCCUUUCAAAACAAAUUUCAACGAACCAGGGGCGUGGAUGUUCAGGACAGACGAGAGCACAGUUCACGAAGGACGAGCGAUCCUUAUAUCUCAGGUUAGAGGAGCCCAGGCCCCAGUCUUCGAUCAUCAUAUAUACUCGAAUAUUUGCGAGUACAAGCUUAGUAUAUUCGACGAUCUGGUCAUGAUAACAAUGUCCUUUCUUUUCAUACAAAUUAUCCUUGCACUUCCAUAUGCAUCUAUUGCCUUGGAUUCAGAUCACUUCAUUGACUAUGGUACAGACAGUGGUGAUCGGGAUGUAUUGAAAGAUAAGAAAAAAAUCAAUAUUUCGACAUCUUUUCCUUUCCUGGGCAAGAACUUUACAUCCUUGCAUGUAGAAAAAUUCCAAGAAGGAGGAAUAUCAUUCGAAGGAGCUACAAUUGCUCCUUUCAUCGCACAAUAUAAUACAAGCAAAGGAGGCAAUGUAUGGUAUAGAGAAAACGCCACUAAAAACUUGGCAUCCAAUGCCGUGGCAUCCAAUGACGUAAGAACGGCUUUCCCAGAAUUCUCGAAUUUCUCGGCAAAAUUGAUGGUGGUGGUUACUUGGGAGAAAAUUCCAUUUAAUGUUAGUGAGAACAUCACCAACACCUUCCAGUCGGUACUGCUAACCAAUGGUCAGCAUUCGUUUGUUCGUUUUAGCUACCGCAAUUUUACAUGGACAAGUGAGGGCAAAAACGUGGUAUUCAACAAAAUCAAACCAACGAGUGCAUUCGAAAAUACGAACUUGACUUCUGAUUACAGCGUAACUGAUAAUGAUUAUCGAAAGAUAAAAGUAUGGGACCUCCCUUCCAAAACAAAUGUGGGAAAACCAGGAGUUUGGAUGUUCAAGACAGACGGAACCAGAAUACAAGAACCCUCUCCAGCAAAAGGCACCACAACACAAGAACCGUCUACAUCAGAAGAGCUCAGUACAGUCAGCAACAUAACACAAGAAACUUCCACAACACAAGACAACACAACACAAGAACCAAGAACAACCUCAGCAGCGAGUGGAUGCAGUGACAUGAAAUAUCCCAUAAACCCAUUUUGUCUUAUUUUUGUACUGUACAAUAUUUUCGUAUUAUGAAUGUCAAAACAAAAAUAUGGCAAACAAUUUAAUUAGCUGCAUUAACGCCGAUUGUUGCGAAAUGAAAAGCCAUGGAAAAAUAGCUUUUGUAGUUCUGCAGGAGAAAGUAGAUACUUAGAAGAGAAAGCUUGCUUUAAUGUAUCAGUCAAG